GCCUGGCGCCAGUCGCUCAGAGCGCCAGCCAGCCAGCCAUGACCGGAGCUCCUGUCCUAGCCCUGCUGCUGCUGGGGCAGCUUCUGACGGCCACCUCCGCGCAGAAAGUGGGACCACGAGGCCCCCCUGGUCCCCAAGGACCUCCUGGGAAGCCCGGCAAGGAUGGCAUCGAUGGAGAAGCUGGCCCUCCAGGUCUGCCUGGCCCUCCAGGACCCAAAGGGACCUCUGGGAAGCCAGGGAAGCCAGGAGAGGCAGGACUGCCAGGACUGCCUGGUGUGGAUGGUCUGACUGGGAGGGAUGGACCCCUAGGACCCAAAGGGGCCCCUGGAGAACGGGGAAGUCUAGGACCCCCAGGGCCACCAGGACUUGGGGGCAAAGGCCUCCCUGGACCUCCUGGAGAGGCAGGAGUGAGUGGCCUCCCAGGGGGUAUUGGUCUGCGAGGACCCCCGGGACCCUCGGGACUCCCAGGCCUGCCUGGCCCUCCAGGACCUCCUGGACCUCCUGGAAACCCAGGAGUCCUCCCUGAAGGUGCUACUGAUCUGCAGUGUCCUGCCAUCUGCCCUCCAGGCCCUCCUGGACCCCCAGGAAUGCCAGGGUUCAAGGGGCCUACUGGCUACAAAGGGGAACAAGGAGAAGUUGGCAAAGACGGUGAGAAGGGUAACCCUGGCCCCCCUGGGCCUCCUGGCAUCCCAGGCACCGUGGGGCUACAGGGCCCACGAGGAUUACAAGGACUUCCAGGGCCACUUGGGCCCCCUGGGGACCGGGGUCCCAUUGGGUUUCGGGGCCCCCCUGGGAUCCCAGGAGCACCUGGAAAAGUGGGUGACAGAGGUGAAAGAGGUCCAGAAGGGUUCCGAGGCCCUAAGGGUGAGCUGGGCAGACCUGGUCCCAAAGGAAUCCCUGGAGUGGCCGGACCAGGUGGAGAACCAGGCAUGCCAGGCAAGGAUGGCCAGGAUGGCAUACUAGGACUUGAUGGCGAGAAGGGAGAGGCUGGUCGCAACGGUGCGCCCGGAGAGAAGGGCCCCAAUGGGCUGCCGGGGCUCCCUGGACGAGCCGGGUCCAAAGGCGAGAAAGGAGAACUGGGUAGAGCUGGGGAGCUGGGUGAGGCUGGCCCCUCUGGAGAGCCAGGUAUCCCUGGAGAUGUUGGUGUUCCAGGGGAGCGUGGUGAGGCUGGUCACAGGGGCUCAGUGGGAGCCCUUGGCCCACAAGGUCCUCCUGGGGCCCCUGGCGUCCGUGGCUUCCAGGGCCAUAAGGGCAACGUAGGAGACCCUGGCCUUCCAGGCCCCCAAGGCCUACGGGGUGAUGUGGGUGACCGGGGUCCAGGUGGUGCCACAGGCCCUAAAGGAGGCCAGGGCAUUGCAGGUUCUGAUGGUCUUCCAGGGGACAAAGGAGAGCUGGGUCCCAAUGGCCCCGUUGGACAAAAAGGAGAGUCUGGAAGCCGAGGGGAACUGGGCCCCAAAGGUAUCCAGGGCCCCAAUGGCACCAGUGGAGUCCAGGGUGUACCUGGUCCCCCAGGUCCACUGGGCCUCCAAGGCGUGCAGGGUGUCCCAGGCAUCACAGGGAAGCCUGGAGUUCCGGGCAAGGAAGCCAGUGAACAGCGCAUCAGGGAGCUGUGUGGGGGGAUGAUCAGCGAGCAAAUCGCACAGUUGGCUGCACACCUGAGGAAGCCCUUAGCACCAGGCUCCAUCGGCAGGCCUGGUCCAGCUGGCCCCCCAGGACCCCCAGGCCCUCCAGGAUCCAUUGGCCACCCUGGUGCUCGGGGUCCCCCUGGAUACCGAGGUCCCACUGGGGAGCUGGGAGAUCCUGGACCCAGAGGAAGCCAGGGUGACAGAGGAGACAAGGGUACAGCAGGUGCAGGAGUGGAUGGACCUGCUGGGGACCAGGGGCCCCAAGGGCCUCAAGGUGUACCUGGCAUCAGCAAAGAUGGUCAAGAUGGUGCUCACGGUGAGCCUGGCCUUCCUGGUGAUCCUGGCCUUCCUGGAGCUGUUGGUGCUCAGGGAACCCCAGGGAUUUGUGACACCUCAGCCUGCCAAGGAGCUGUGUUAGGAGGGGGUGGGGAAAAGUCAGGUCCUCGGAACUCAUAAACGUUAGGAAAUGACGGGUAACGAACUCCAGCAGGCAGCAGGUACCAGUCGUGUGGUUACUAGAAAUGGACAGUACGG